AGUAUUCGUCAAAUUCCCUAAAAUUGUCAUAUCAUUUUCUAACCAAAUAUACAAUCAAUUUAUUGAAUUUCAUAAUUCUAUAACACUAAAAAAAAUGUCUGCAAAAUUAACUAGAGAUCGUAUAGCCGGAAAUGGAAUAGCUUAUAGUGAACAAGCGCUACGAAAUAAUUCUUCAAUUGUAGAAUAUUGCAGAACAUCCAUGGCCGCAUUAUCAGGUUGUACUGCCGGGUUAUUGGGUUUAACUGGGUUAACAGGUGCAAUAUUUUAUUUAAUUACCGUAGUUUUGCUUUGGAUGAUGAUUUUAAUCAAAGCUGGAUCUUCGUUUAAUAAUUAUUUUGUGUCCAGGAGAUCUUUAUUGACAAAUGGAUUUUUUGGACAAUUAUUCACCUACAUUUUGUGUUGGACCUUUUUGUACGGAAUGGUACACGUUUAUUAAUCAAAAGAAAAUAUUUUUAUUUGCUAAAUACUUUUUUUUAUUAUAAUUAAAGAAUAA